AAUAUAUUUGGAACAUCUCCUGAUUCAGGAUCUACUGGAAACAACCUCUCUAUUUUGUGUGAGAUAGAUUUUGAACAAAAUCCUUAUGCAAGGGAGAAUUUAGAAAAAAAACCCUGGAUAAUGGAGCUUAGGAAUCAGUGUAGAAUCAUCCGUACAACUGAAUUGGUUGUUGCUCAAGAAAAGAUGCAUGAGCUGGAAAGGAGGAAAGAAGAGCUUCUGACGUUUUACUCUCCUGUAUCACUUCUCCAUCAGCUACAAGAUGGCAUGAAGAAAAUGGAGGACGAAUCUGAAGCCUCGCUCGGCCAGCUCCUUGAUCGAGAAAUUGAUCAUGCUGAUGUGGCCAGCUCUUUGUAA